CAGCCACGCGAUAACUGUCUAAACAUAGUGAAUCGUUGCGAUGUUGUUAACCGGUUUGUGCGCCUUUUUUUAACGUUGGUGGAGUGGAGAAAAUAUAACGUAGUUAGGUAUAUAGUUACAUAUUGCGAAAUUAAUAAAGAGGGUCUCGUUUAAUUAUAAGAAAAUAAUGGUUACUACUAUGAAAUUAUCUCUUGGUUCAAGAUGUGUCAAAUAUCUGAUGUUCAUCUUCAAUCUACUCUUCGUUAUCACGGGUAUAAUCUUAUUAUCUAUUGGUAUUGGGAUUCAUGGAGUUUAUCACAGUUAUCAACAUUUCCUGGAUAAUAAAUUUUUAUCUGUUCCCUCUUUGCUGAUUGCAAUCGGUGCAAUUAUAUUUUUCAUAGCCUUUUUCGGAUGUUGCGGCGCUGUACGCGAAAGUUAUUGCAUGAUAGUUACGUUCACGUCGUUGUUGGUGGUCGUUUUUAUUUUGGAAUUCUCAGGUGGUAUAUCUGGAUACGUUCUAAGAGCCAGGGCGUCCUCGAUUAUUCAGAAUAAGAUGCGAGAUUCAAUGCAAAUGUAUAAAAACAGUUCAGAAGUGUUAACUGUUUGGAAUAAUCUUCAGCGCGACUUCGAUUGUUGCGGCACAACAAACGCGUCUGAUUGGGUCACUAUUGGACACAUGAACGCGAAUGACAUUCCUCCCUCGUGUUGUAUUGAUGGAACAGGCGUAGAACCGAAAAAUUGCAGUCUUACGUCAGCAGUGGUACACCAGGGUUGCUAUAAUAAGUUCCUUUCUUUCGUUAAAUCUCAUGCUAUGCAACUUGGUGGAGUUGGACUCGGCAUAGCUUUCGUUCAGUUAACGGGGAUAAUGAUAAUAUCUAUUGGAACAACAAUUUAUGCUGUCUACGAAGAUUUUUCCCAUUUUUUGGAUCCUAGCUAUUUUUCUCCAGCAACCCUCUUAAUCGUUGUUGGGAUAUUUGUUUUUAUAAUAGCUUUCCUGGGUUGUUGCGGAGCUCUUAGAGAGAGCACCUGCAUGGUUCUAGUGUUCGCAGUAUCGCUUUCAUUAGUUCUUGUCUUGGAAUUGAUCGCUGGGAUUGCAGCUUAUACCCUUCAAGAUGGAAUAAAAGAUCUUCUUGCUGACAAAAUUAAUGCGACCAUGCAUCAAUAUGAAAACAGUGGCGAAGCUAGGAGUGCCAUUGAUUUUCUACAAUCAAAACUCUAUUGUUGCGGAUACAAUGGAUACGAAGAUUGGGAAGAACAAGGAAUGACUAUUCCUUUAUCUUGUCCUUCCACAGAUAUUAAUAAAGCUAUUUAUGUAACUGGAUGUAUCGAACGUCUUUCAAUUAUCAUUCACAGGAGUGCUCUUUAUAUUGGUACUGGAGCUGUAGCCAUUGCUCUUAUUCAGUUAACUGGAAUAAUGUUCGCCUGUAUGCUAGGCCGAGCGAUUAGGAGACAAAAAACAGAAAGGGAGAGACGUCGAUGGGAAUUAAGAGAGAGUUUAGUUAAUGGUUACCAACCAUUGGGAAAAUCAGAUCCCUUUACCACUUUUCCUGUUGUUUACAUGUCCUCUGAACCUUUAAAGAAUUCAUAGAAUUCUCUACUUUUGUUAUGCAUUCUUAAUAUGAAAUAAUUUUAUUUAUAUUAAAAUAGUAUCUUUCAA